GGAACACCAGAGAGACUCGCAAGAACAUAUCUAAAAACAGCCAAAGCACAGGAGACGGCGCAGGAUGUCUUGACAUCCCCCUUUUGAUCUAGGCGCUCGCACAGCAUGAACGUGCACGAAAAAUCAUCUCAUGUAUCCUAUAAAGGUCGUGUUGUGGACGUGAUGGAUCCCACUCAUCUUCUAUCCAAGUCUCCGAAUGGACUCCCAACCACCGAACUCUCCGUCUCUGAGUCUUCACGAUUUGACAGACGAUAGCUUCCUUGAUUUUCCAGCGACCCUUUCUCAAAAGACGCCAGAGCAGGUGGCCGCUAUGGAGCGAUUUUGGGACGGUUUUGAUGACGACGACGGCGACGGCGAACUACCGUCUCAGUCUACCACUGCUGUAGAGGGCAAUCUCUCACGACAGUCGUUCGAGAUUCCCAGAACAGAGAGCCCGCUGCGAGUGCGAUCUCUCCUUUCGCGGAUAUCCAGCCGAAGCUCUGAGUCGGAUCGCAGCAUACAGGCGUCGACGUAUAGCACGGAGAAGAAGCGACCCUCACAGUCCCGGAGGGCACGCAAGGACAACGAGUGUAGGUCCAACUCGAGCGCCGCCGAGGACGAGGAAGAUGACGUCGAAAUGAGGGUUCUGCGAAAUUCCCGCUGGUUCGACUUGCUGUGCUCCUGUCAGUGCCACUGGUGGGCAGGUGCGCGGUGACUCGGCGACACACGACACAGGUUUCUAUUCCUGGAGUACUGAACUAUUCCGUUCUUCUAUUCUCUCCUAUACUUAUGAACCAAUUGAGUUGACUUGCUAUGCUCGUAGACUAUUUUUACUAUUGUCCACCCGCCUCGUGUCCUAGUAGACGGGCUGGCUGCCAUGAGGCCAUGUAUUGUGGGUCCAUAUAGAUGCCGCGGCAUGGCCUUAACAGGGAUAGG